AUGGCAUCGACAUCUAUCGAAUCAGCUCAGAAAGAUGGCGUGGUGGUCGGCCUCAAGGACGUCUCAGGCGUGCAGCCUCGCCUGGAGAUCGACGACCUCAUGGUCAAUCAUCCUGAUGUCUUCAAUCUCUUCAUUCUGGCUCUCCAGCAGAUCAUGCAGGACGAAAGCACUGGCGUUCAGAACAAGAUGAAUUACUUCGAAGUCGCGGGCAUACAUGGCUUCCCACGCAAAAAUUGGGAUGGUGUGCAGGAUAUCGCUGCAAAGUUCAGCGACGAGAAGUACCAUGCCGCGGCCAAGCAGUUCCGUUUACCAUACUGGGAUUGGAUCAAGCCACGCCAGGAGCGCACAACCGAGUUCCCUGGCCAAGGGCAGGGCGGCAACGACACUGUUUCGUUCCCGUACAGCUUCGACAUGCCCCUUGCCUGUCAAAAGGAACAGCUCCGGGUCUAUCAGCCCGGCGAUGAGACGAAGCUCGUCUCAAUUGCCAACCCACUUCUGACCUACCACUUUCCGAAGAAGAACAGCGAGAAUUUGUACAGACAGCGCACUGUCCGCGAUCCUCCUCCUGGCAAACCCAACACCGAUGGCUUCCAAAGCGUGAACAAUUCGCUCAAUAUGAUGCGUGAAAGCAGUGUGGAACUUGCCUUGAGCUUGAUGGCUUCUCCAUCCUACGACAAGUAUCUCAACUUCGCAUCGGGCGCAGCUCAGGACGAACAGGGUGCCGAGGUGCCGAGUGGAUCUUUGGAGGAUCUACACAACACGUACCACGGUCUGCUCGGUGGUCAAGGACACAUGGGCAGAGUGCCUGUUGCGGCUUUUGACCCGAUUUUUUGGCUGCAUCAUGCCAACGUCGACCGACUAUUGAGCAUCUGGCAAGCCAUUCACAAAGACUUGGAAAACUCAUUCUUACCCGCUGGUGACGAGGCUGGUCUAGGGGAAGACGCCAAGCUCUGGCCCUUCCGCAAAACUCCAUCGAACACCGAUAUGUGGACCUCAAAGUUGUCCAAGGAAACGGAAACCUUUGGUUACAGUCUUGCAGAUGUCCUUUCAACCAAAGAGGAGACCCUCAACCACUGGAACGAGAGCUAUCGCUGGUCUUUACAGAGCAACAACACGACAAAGCCACCAACCUGGAUGGUGCCGAUCAAGGACAUGGAGAAAGCACAAGCGCUGUCUUCGGAUGGCGACUCUCCAGCCAAAGCUUCCAAACUUCAGAAGAGGGCAGCCGUUCCGCAUGCGGAGGCUCAGACCGUAUUGAUGGCCCUACCGGACGAACAUGUCCCCCAAGUGCAGAAACUGCUGAAGCCCGAGUCUGGAGAUGAUAAGCCCGUGGUCCAGUGGUACGCCGACACGCAAGUACAGAGAAAUGCCCUGAACGGCGCUUUCACCAUCUUCUUCUUCCUCGCCACCCCCUCCGCCAUGUCCACCGCUGACGCCGAUCCCCAACACUACUCCACCGCCCCCACCAUGGCCGGCCUAACCAAAAUCUUCACCGCCCCCAAAGAAAUCUGCGCCAACUGCGAGGAGUCCGCCGAAGACAGCGCUAUCGUCACCGGAACCUCUCCCAUCACGCCUAUGUUGCGCGACUACAUCCGCAAGGGAGAGCUGGCUGGUCUGGCGCCUGAGCAGGUCGUGCCGUUUUUGAAGGAGAGGUUGUAUUGGAGGGUUUUGUCGGUGAAUGGCGUGAGGUUUGAGCCGGCUCAGGUGGCGGGGUUGGAGGUUGAGGUUAGUGCGACGAUGGCUGUGGUUAGACCUGAUGGUGGAUUGGCGAGUUGGGAGCCGCAUGUUUUCCCUGAGGUUGUGGAGGGGAGGACGGGUGGGGAUCCUGUUGCGCAGUGA